GAGGUGUGAAUUCGGCCUUUGGCGCGAAGGGAGUAGAAUUGAGCUAUGACAGCAGCGGGGUGCGGCAGUGGUUUUGGCACCACAGCUUGGUGGGGUUUUUCUCCAGCACUUGACCUACAAGCAACAUAUCUUGAUACCUCUACAGAGCACCUACGCAUGUCCCAGGAUGGUAUUCCUGAACUGAAUAUCCUACUUGUGGGAUCAAUUGAUGGUCGUCAUAUCCUCAGAACCAUGUGUCAGGCACACCGAUGGCCGCAGAGGAAAAUCAGCUUUUACGUGCUGGAGAAUAAUCUGGAGGUGCUGGGUCGGCAGUUGCUGUUUCUGAGCCUGGCGCUGGAGCCUCUGGAGAAGAUGGGUCUGCAAGAGAAGAGCGAGACAUUCUUGGAGCUGAUGGGGAAUACUCUGAUCCGAAGCCAGACAGCUGCUUACUUGCAGGAGAAGGCAGCCCUUUUCAUCCGUUAUAUCACCGAUCCUGAUGUUCAGCAGGCUGACCUACCAGCUCUGGACUUGUCUGCCCUCAAGUUCAAGGAACGGGACCAGUUGGAGGCCAUCUUUCGGUUCUGGAAGAAUCCCGAUCCACGGGCUUUCCAGGUGGAGCAACUCUGGGACCUGCGGCUCCGGCAGUUCUUGGGCACCCGCUAUGACGCUCGCCGUGGGGUGUGCGACUGGGAUCUCACCAUGAAGUUGCAUGAACGUGGGGCCAAAGUAAUCGGUUCCCGUGAGUUUUUCCGGUGGCGCAACACAGGCGUGGCCUUUGAGAUGCGAGAAGCCUCCUAUGACACCCCCAACAAGACUCUGGCAUCUGGCCGUCUCCUCAGACACAAAGGGGAGCCGAUGCCAGCACGGGGAUACUGGGGAGACAUUGCCACUGGUCCCUUUAUCACCUUUGGAACUGACACUGAAGAGACCAGUCUUCUGAAAACCAUCAACGGCCUUCCUAGCAAGAGUGCUCAGGAUAUCUCCUUGUACAAUGUCACUGCCCUGUUCUAUGAACUGAGCCAUCGCUCCCGCUAUGACCCACCCACAGCCUCUGACAAAGAGGGAGAGGGUGACAGCCUGCAAGGGGAAGAGGACCAUGCCGUGUCAGAUGCUGUCAACAGCCAAGGCUCUCCCUGCACAGAAGAUAUCAGAGUCCACUUCCUGCCUCUCAAUUGCCUCCCUCAGCUCCAUCAGAAGAGCCAAUAUCAGAAGCUCUUCAACCUCAUAUUCUUUUCAUGCAGCAUGGUGCAUCUCCUGAAACCAGAGCUGUGUCUGGUAUCUGCCCCAAAAGCUACCCUUAUCACUGAGCUGGCAACUUUCCUGCCUGACCUCAGCAAGGACCAGGUGUCCGAGUUCUCCUCCCGAAUGGCCAACCAGGCGAGGGGAAUGGGAUUCAUGCCUGUUGAAGUGCCCGGCAAAGCAGCGUUUUCCUUGUUCCAUCUGGGGGAUCCUCCUGAAAUGGCAGGACCAGGCCUCUGAAGUCCACCCCCUCCACUUUUACAUUAGUCUUCUUUUGAAACUUUACUAGGGUUUUUUUUUUGGUAAAAAAAAAAUAAUUCCGCUUAAUAAAAAAGGCUGCUGCUGUAUAACA